CACCCUCGGUGUCGGCGGCGCUAGCUGCUGCCUCGCUUCGCUCUGCGCUGGGCUGCGUUGAGUUGCCGUGGUCUGCUGCUCUACUCGGCUCCAUUCUGCUCUCCCUUCCAGAAUCCAACAUGGAGUAAGCAGAGAUGGGGCUCGUUCGGGGCCAUCCUAACCGACGACAGCAGCGGCAAGCCCAAGCAACAAUCUCCACAGCGGUUGGCACGUUGGCAGGCACCGAAGGGGGCCGAAGGAAAGCGAGGGAGCCCCGGUGGGCCCGAGGGAGAAUUCUCCAAGGAUUUUACACUUUUUAUGGACGCCACUGAAAUAGUGCAGCAGGCAUAACAUGUAAGGACGGACGAAUAAGGGAAGGAAGGAGAGAGAGAGAAAGGGAGAAGACGAGAGUGUGCUGGGCGAGAGACGAGACAGAUACCGAGGAGAUACCAAAAGAGGAUAAGAGAAGAGGGUACAACAACCAUCGAAUGGGAUAUAACCGUUGGGAUUAAGACGUGGUGCGUUUUAACGUGUUUUUUUUCCGGCCUCUCCAAGACACCCCAAGAGACGCCCGCGGACACAGACAAUAUGAAGCCUGAAAACUGUGUGCGCGCAGUGGGAUUUUAUUGUAGGUGAAACGAGGAAAAAAUGAGCGAGGAAACACACCCCGACGAUGAUAGCUACAUAGUGCGAGUCAAAGCGGUGGUGAUGACCCGGGACGACUCCAGCGGCGGUUGGCUGGCCCAGGAAGGGGGCGAGCUCAGCCGGGUGGGCGUGGUCAAGGUUGCGCCUAGCGACCUGGAACUGCUGGGUCGCCACGGUUUCCUCAUCUAUGGCGAGAGACUCAAAGACAAGCAGGUGAGCCUGGAGUGUUUUCUGAGGAAAGACCUGGUGUACACUAAGGCCAACCCCACCUUCCACCACUGGCGUGUGGACAACCAGAAGUGCGGCCUGACCUUCCAGAGCCCCGCCGACGCACGCGCCUUCGACAGGGGCGUCCGGAAGGCCAUCGAGGACCUGACGGAAGGGUCCACCACAUCCUCCUCCACCCUUCAGAACGAGACGGAGCUGGGAGACGACGACGUAUUCACGAAUGCGACAGACAGCUCGUCCAACUCGUCCCAGCGGGCGCGAGACCGGGAGACGUCCCUGCAGACCCUGGCCCCCAUCAGCCUGUGUGAGACGCGGAGACACCAGUGCAUCAUGGACCACCUGUAUGACCAGCACCGCUUCUCAGACCACUACUUUAUGGACCAGUCGAUGCCGUCCUUCACCACCUCGUCGUCGUCGCGUCACGUCCGCUUCCUGGUGUCGGACACGGAGCCCGAGGAGGAGAUCGUGCGCAUCAACCCCCGCGAGCGCGCCUGGCUCUGCACGGGCUACGAGGACUACCGCCACGCUCACCCGGCCAUGGGUCGCUACGGCUACGGCAACAACAACAAGACGUCGUCCACCACCCCGACGUCCACCACCACCACCGCGCUGUACCACCCGCCGUCCUCCCUGGCGGCCCUGAGACCCCUCCACCAACACCACCACCUUCACCCGCUCCACCACCACCAGUACCAACACCACCAGUACAACAUCCACUCGCAUCACAUCCACGAGCCGUUUGGCCACACGCCUUUCCUCCCCGUCACAGACCCGGACGCCUACGUGCACUUUGACAAGUCGGACCCUCCGAAACACGACUACACCUACCCGUACCCGUCGGGCGGGGGCGGGGGAGGGGGCAAGGGGGACCCCCACCGGACCGAGGGCAAGAAGUUGGGUGGGAACGGCGACGGGGGGGACGGCAACGGGAGGGGCGUGGCAGUGGUGACGGGUCAACCCCGUAGCCUGCAGUCGAAGUGGCGGAGGGGACUGGGCGCUUUCGCCGGCAGCUUCCGCUCCUCGUCGUCCUCCAACGCGCGCCGGCCGGACUCCUCCUCCUCCUCGUCUUCGUCCGCGGCCGUCGUCGGCAUCGGCGGCACGGGGUGCGGAACGUCCUCCUCCUCCUCCUCCGUCGCCGUGGGGAUCGCCGGCGGGAUCAUGACCACCGCCGGCUCCGGUUCCUGCUCCGGCGAGCGCGCCCAGUGCGUCUACUGCCGCGACCUGUUCCGGCGCGAGGACAACCGCCGGGGCCACUGCACCGAGGCGCCGGACCCCGUCCGCACCUGCAUCCGGCGGGUCAGCUUCAUGUGGUGUGCCGACUCGCUGCUCUACCACUGCAUGUCCGACCCGGAGGGCGACUACUCGGACCCGUGCUCCUGCGACGCCUCGGAGGGCGAGCGCUUCUGGCUGCGCUGGGCGGCACUGCUGGGGCUGUCGGUGCUGGCUCCGUGCAUGUGCUGCUACGGGCCGCUGAGGGCCUGCCACCGCUGCGGCGUGGCCGUGCACUGCUGCGGGGGCCGGCACAAGGCGGUGGGGUGAUGUACGCCAGGCAGGGAAAGAACCGCGCGCCCGUGAGCUUCCCUUUCAAUCCAUUUUCCAUUGCUGGGGUUGCGUUUUUUCAAAAGCCAUAGUUGCUAGCCAGUUAGCAAGUUGGGUAAUUGUGCUGAUGGCGAAAAUUGCGUUGCAAACACUAAAGUAGCUAGCGCAGUUAGCAACUAUGGUUUCGAGAAAUGCGCCCGUCACAGGAAUGGAAAUGGAUUGAAAGAGAGAUCAUCGGUGUGCGGUUCUUUCCCUGCCUUACAUAGGCUUUGCGUUAUGGCCCUGAACCCGGCUAACAGAGGUUGGAAGUGUAUGGGAUCUGACUGGGAUUAGUAGGGUGAUGUAUGACAGACUUCUUGGGGAUGACAUCUUGACUGUGAUUAGGGAGGUUUUUCUUAAAAGGGGACGAUCCAACGCAGGUACCGCCACAAGACCGUGAGGUGACACUUUAAUGGGGUGUGGUGACACAUAUUCUGGGGUGGGCACCGUGACUUGUGAUUGGGAGUAUAGACAGAAGUUUUGUAUGUAAAACAUUGCAAGCCAGUUCAACGUAAAAAGGUAAGUUGCCCUGCUGCCCUAAGUUUUUAAGGCUUAGCUCAAUUCAAGGCUUCCUCAAGUUGAGCUAACUUAAAAACUUCAGGCAGCAGGGCAGCUCAGUUUUUUACGUUUAUCUGGCUUGCAAUGUAUUAACAGCGUAAGGAGGCCGACCCAGUACGAGAGCCGACAAAAAGUUGGGAGGGGAUGACAUCGUCUUUGGGAUGACAACAGAACUGUGAAUUGUGAAACUGAUAGGAGGUUUUGGAUGUCACAUGAUGUUUGGGAGUGACACCGUGACUGACUGUGAUUUUUUGGGGGGUGACAUGUUUUUACGGUCACUGGUACCUUGACCAUCACUUGUGGGCAAUGGGACCUGAAUAGGAUCCCUUUUAAUUUUACAGUGUGCUAGUCACAGUGUAACUGUAACAGCAACACUGCACUGUAAAACAUUGCAGUCAGUUAAACGUAAACAAGUAAGUUGUCCUGCUGCCUUCAGUGUGCAAGUUAACGUAACUUGAGAAAGCCUAGAAUUUACUUAAAUCUUGUGUUGAGUUUACCUACAAACUUAAGGCAGCAGGGGAGCUUACUUUUUUCACGUUUCACUGGCGUGCAAUGUUUUACAGUUUGUGAAAUAAAGCUAUCGCCCUGUCAGAGCGGACCACAGAGUGAUCAUCUGAUCCACAGAGAGGUGAUCUGGAAUUUGCCACCCCGAACCUAGAUUUCUACUUUACAAUCCAGUUUUGAAUAAUCAAUGCCAAGACAAAUUCUCCAAGCCCCCAUCUCCCACCUGUCUCCAAUACCUCUGUCCAUACCCAACCCCCACCCCACCCCCCAUGGAAGGCCUGUAGUAGUCUGGGUACUAAGAUACGAUUAAGGGCUCCUCCACUCCUGAAUCGGGGCCAAAUAAUUGUCUAAAACGUGUCAAAAUGUGUACAGGCCUUAUAUACAAGUGGUUUCGAUGGAGAGAACAUGAUGAAUGCGACAGAAAAAAAUGGGGACAAGGAGAGAGGACGUAGAAGACAAAACAGAAAGGAAGUAGUUUGGACUUGAUCACCAGCAUGGGAUGAAAGAAGAAAAAGAAAAGAAAGGAAAGAUGGAACCCUGUACUCUAAAAUGAACAGACAAGAAAAGAGGGGAAGAGAGAGCCCUAAGGACUAUGAGCAUUGGGCGUUUCUAUUUUAUAAAUAUAUAUAUAUAAAUAUAUAUAAAUAUAUAUUUUGUUUGGUUUUUGUAUUUGUUUAUAUUUUUUUCUUUUCUUGCUGACCUUUUGUUUGCCAAAUCUCUGACAGAAACAAAAACAAACUGAGCGAGGAAUGGAAUAGGGUUAAAGGAACGGAGACGGUUUUUAUUUGUCAUUUGUCUGUUUGUUUAUUUGUUUGUGACCAGAGUGGGUUGGUUGUUGGCAUUUCUCAAAACCUAGUGCGCGCACUUCCAAGUGUGUUCCUAAUUAGUCACGCCCAGUGAUUGGAUACUCUUUAUUAGUCACACCCAGUGAUUGGAUACUCCGUAGAGUUCACCAAAGAAUAUCCAAUCACUGGGCGUGACCAAUUAGGCUGAUACACUUGGAAGUGUGCGCACUAAGUUUUGAGAAAUGCCCACUGUCUCCACAAUCAUGAUGGCUAUUUGUUUUUGUUUAAUUUUAUUUUUUUAUUUUAUUUUCACAUUAUUUUAUUUACUUUCUUUUGUUAGUUUGUCAUGUGUCAAAGGGGUACAACUCAGAAGCUUCCGAGAUAUACAUUUUAUGGACUAAAAAAAAAAAAUAUCUGUUUCUAUAUAAAAAAAAUCUAUAUGAAAAUAUUCAUAAACCGGUACUUUAUAUUUUUACACUUAUGUGUUGUAAAGGCUUGAAUUAGUCGUUUUAUUUCUUGUCUUCUUUUUUUUUACGAUAAGUUUGGUAUGGUUGUUUGUUGACUUGUUUGUUUGUUGAUUUGUUUGUGUUUACCUGUUGCCAUAGCUUGCCAGUUGUUGAUAACACAGGGAGAUUCAUUCCAAGAAGGUGAUUGGGUGACGAACCAGGUUCAGUUAUCCCCGGAUUUUGUCAUAAAUGAGCUAACAACAGGGGCCUAUACAGUGUUGCCAGAUUGGACGGUUACCCGCCCAAUUUGGCUACUUGGGGUGGCCGUCUGCGGGUAAAAACGGGAAAAAUUGGCCACUUGGCGUUUUUUUCUGCAGUUUUGUGCCCAUAGAAACCACUGCAAUUUGUUGAAACUGGGCAGAAUUUAGCUCAUUUUGGCGUUUUUUGAGAACCUUUUGGGCGGGAUUUGAUCAGACACAUCUGGCAACACUGGGCCUAUACCACAAAGCUGGUUGAGGAGUAACACUUGAGAAAAUGAGGACUCCAGCCUCUUCUAUUAGGUGAUUUACCUCUUAACUUAACUUGGUUUACUCCUGAGCGAGCUUUGGAGUAUAGGCCCCAGAGCAUGGAGUCAUCGCUUUCUUGACAAAAUGAUACCUGCACUCAGACUGGUAUCCAGACAACUCUCCACCCAAACACCAACAUUUCCAUUCAUUAAAUUUUGCAAAGGUGGACGAAACUCCGCCUUUCCCCUAAGACAUCUAGGAGCAGUGUACAGUUGCAACACUGACAGCAUUGUCCAACACAUGGUAAAAGAAGAUAUAGCAUAAAAUACAGAAUGUGGUAAACCAGUUAGCAACUUACUUGGUUCUCAAUUGGACUUUGCAUUGCAACCAAGUAAGUUGCUAACUUAGUUAGCAAUGACGUUGUGGUGAAAUGCACCCCUGUAUACCGGUAAUGGCAGGUUUACCACAUUCUGUAGGUUGACUUAGCCUGGUGCAUUACUCCAGUCAUGUCCUUGGAAUAUGAAACCCCCUGAUUCUCGCUUUCAGCAAAGGCACUUAAACGUACACUGACUGUGAUCAUUAAUAUGCCUAGUGUCAGGACCAUCCCACUGUGUGUGUGUGUGUGUGUGUGUGUGUGUGUGUGUGUGUGUGUGUGUGUGUGUGUGUGUGUGUGUGUGUGUGUGUGUGUGUGUGUGUGUGUGUGUGUGUGUGUGUGUGU